CGGUGCGCUACAAACAUCCACCCUCUCCAAUGGAAAAAAGGCGAAGAAGAAAAUGCUUCAUGAACGGAUUUCACAGCUGAAAUGUCUUUAGUGUCGAUAGAUACGGAGAUAGACACAUGACAGAAGCGGGUUAAAACACCGAAAUGUUGCUUGAACACCAAACCGGGAAGCGAAGGUGGACGAUGCUGUGAGGACGAAUCUCCGGUGAGGCUUCAAACCAUCUCGGCGCUCCACAGGGGACAGACGGGGGACAAGAACCAAAGAAGUGGGGGGAAAAAUGUUCAAAGUUAGGCCGUGUCUACAAGUGCGAGCCCGCGAGGCGCCGUCCCGUAACAGCUGCAGAACAUGAGCAUGAAUUGAACGAAGAAUGCAUGUCGUUUGGGAAAUAUCUGUGAUUCUGCAAACAUUUAUCAUCUGCACGUCAUCAGCUCAGCCUAUUAUAUCCAAGCUUGAUGCGGGUUGGUGGGCUUAUAAGGACGUCGUCCAGGGCAGCUUUGUUCCAGUCCCAUCCUUCUGGGGUCUGGUGCACUCAGCCUGGAACCUGUGCUCCAUAGGAAAGAGGCAGUCGCCCAUCGACAUUGAGACCAGUCACAUGAUCUUUGACCCCUACCUGACCCCUCUGAGGCUCAACACAGGAGGACGCAAGAUGGGAGGCACCAUGUACAACACGGGGAAGCACGUGUCCCUGCGGCCGGACAAAGCUCACCUGGUGAACAUCUCAGGGGGCCCACUGGGCUACAGCUACAGGCUGGAGGAGGUCCGCCUCCAUUUUGGGAGCGAGGAAUCCCAGGGCUCAGAGCACCUCCUCAAUGGACAGGGCUUUCCAGGAGAGGUCCAGUUGAUCCAUUAUAACCAGGAUCUGUAUACCAACUACACCGAGGCAGCGAGGAGCCCCCAUGGUAUCGCUGUGGUCUCCAUCUUCAUAAAGCUCUCUGAAAACUCCAACGUCUUCCUCAACCGCAUGCUCAAUAGAGACACCAUCACCAGAAUCAACUACAAACAUGAUGCUUUCUUAUUAAUGGGCCUGAACAUAGGUGAACUUUACCCUGACACCACGCGCUACAUCACCUACGAGGGCUCCAUCACCAUCCCUCCCUGCUACGAGACUUCAACGUGGAUACUCAUCAACAAGCCUGUCUACGUGACACAGAUGCAGAUGCACUCCCUGCGCCUCCUGAGCCAGAAUGAGCCCUACAAGAUCUUCCUGAGUAUGAGCGACAACACCCGGCCCGCCCAGCCUCUGCUGCAGCGCUGCAUCCGAACCAACAUCAACUUCAGCAAGCAGGGCCGAGACUGCCCCAACAACCGUGCCCUCCGCCCGCAGUACAGAGUGAAUCAGUGGCUCCUGAAGUAAAAGAUAAAAAGAUGUCAAGCUGCAGCGCCACAAGACAAGAGGCAGAAUUCUCACUGCCAAACCGAGCUGGACCUGCUGUUUGACCUCAACGGAAUGGGAAGCAAAAGUGCUGCGCUUUACUAAAGACAGCUUAACAAACUUUGAUUGAUCUGAUUUGAUCUCAGCUAAGCUCAGCUGACCGAACUAUCUUCUGUGCUGGCCUCCCACACAUCUACAACGUAAACACAACUCAUGUGGGCCAGCACAGUGAGGUACAGGUCACACGGACUCUGAUGUCUCUACUGUGUUUUUAUUUCGUGUUAACUUACAAAGACUGAAGAUGUACAGAAUCAAUCCUUUUCAGGGGGAUGGAUGUUAUCUAAAGACCACAGUACUUCCAUAUUCAAAUCCUGCCUACACAAGGCAAUUAUACAAAUGAUCAUCCAUUGACUGGAGGAAUUAUUACAUUUCCAUCGAUGGUCUGAACCCCCGGCAACAAAGAAGCACUCAGCUGUGGUACGAUGAGAUAUAAAAAGGUGCUGGUUCUCAUAUCAAAUAGUAACUAAAGAAGGUAAUUUUCAAAGAGAAUGUGGAAUGUGUGAAAAUGAGGUUAUAUGGCUGAAGGGGGAGAAACAGAGGGAGAGACUGCAACUCUGACAUUUUUACAGACCUGAACAGAUGGACGUCACUGGAGCUUGGAGAGGGAUAGGUCACUCAUUUUGCAUGAUUUUAAAAUAGUUCACUUGUUUUUAUGAUAUUUAAUUAGAACGUGGUGGCAGAAUUCAGCUGGCAUCAGGACCCUGCUUUGCACAGCAACAUAAAGGGCAAAGUCAGCCCGCUGCCACUACAAGAGCUAACAGAUCACCUAAAAUAUUCAAUCAGAAGUGUUAAUACUGAAGACCUAAUUCCAAUGUAACUAUAAAGUAAGGAAUCUAUGUGUGUAUGUGUGUGUGUGUGUGUGUGUGUGUGUGUGUGUGUGUGUGUGUGUGUGUGUGUGUUAGGGGUGAAUUCUGACUGAUAGCCGACCCUUGUUAACUAAUUAUUAACCAUUAACCGACAAGAUUAGUGCAGGAAUGCUUGCCAAGCUGCAACAAUAACAUAACAUUUAUUGGCAACUCCAGUUUCUGUGCAAAAAAGACAAAUGAGUCCCCAGUUCAUCCGUCUGUGAGAGACAGCAGCCACAAUGUUGCGUGCAUUGUCGUGGACACAUGCAGCCUCCUUCCCAGUAAGUCUUCACCGCAUCAGUGUAGCUGCGAGGUUGUCUGCUGUGUGACUGCCUGGCACAACGUUACUCUGGCGGCCCGUCGGUGAGUAAGAGUUCAGCAGUAAUGUUAUAGCUGUGAACGUAGCAGUGCAGUGUGUCCGGCUCACUUAAGGCGGGUUGACCUUUAAGGCGGACCAUUUGGUGGAGAUCGACAGCGCUUCAGGCCUAUGCAGACUGAAUCCACCAUGUCGUCUGCAGCUGGAUAUACUAAUGUUAAUGCAGGAUAAAAUGUUACAACCAAACUUUUCUUUACUUCCCUGCACGAGCAGAUAGUCUGCGGGAAGCAGAAUUGAACCACCGGUGUGUCUGACCGCAAAUAAGGUUGCUUGGUUGUGUUUUUCCCCGUGUGUAAGACUGUAGCCUAUUUCCUAUUUUGACUUGAACCAACUUACAACACUAGCCAGCAAAGUACCUCCGCUAAUUAAAUCCAUGCUCCUCUUUAUAACCGCAGUGGUUAUUUCAAAGCUAGUGACUAAUAUGCCUUUUUGAAAAUGACCUCCCUCUAAGUGUAUUACACUGGUGUUUCUGUCCAGGAGUAGAUUUAGGGAUAUUGGGGCCCCAGACAAACACUGUCUUUGAUUUACUUUUCACUCUUUCUCUAGCUGGGAAUGUUGGUAUUGGCAGUUGUAGAAGAAGUACUCAAACAUUGUUUCUGAAGUAAAACUAUUAAUAUUGCACAGUAAAAGUCCUGCAUUAAAACAUUCUUACUUCAAGUGAAGAAUGAAAGAGAGGCUAGAUAGUUAAACUAACAAUAUUUCAUCAUUAUAUUUUGUUAAAAGAAUGAAUGAGUCUGCAACCUAACCUGUAACAUUUCUCUGUCAGGUACAUGUAGUAGUGCAAUGUUUUUGUCUGAAGUUGCAGUAAACAGUAGGUGAGCAGUAUAUAGUUCAGUUGCAUAUUUAAGAGCCUUUUGCAAGUUAUUUUGGGGUACAAAGACUAUAGGAAUAGAAACAUAAUUCAGUAUGUCUCAUAUCUAAACAUCAUAAUAUAUCUAUAGUUGUUUUGGGACCUGUUUAGUUGAGGGUCCAGUUGCUAACCCUGCCUAGUCUGCCCCUUGUAUUUUUUCUCGUAAGCCAGAAUGUAGAUCUGAUUCGACGAUGUGUGACGCAACUACGUAUGUCAUGGAAGAUGUAUUGCUCAGGACCAAAGGAAGUGCAGUGUUGAGUGUGAAGUUGUUUGGAUGAGCGGUUCUCGAGAAAGCUUCAAGCAGCAAAGCCCCAGGCCAAACAUUCAGCCCGUUCUGAACAGUCCUGUUUUGAACGGGCACUGCACUAGUCAUGAUCAAAUUGAUCGCUAAACUCCCCUGAUCAGCAAAUUGUCCAAUCAUAGCUUAAAAACAUAACUAGACACAACAGCCCUGUCAAGAUUUGAAUUUGUCCACAUGUUGGAGUGGUGUAAAUGGAACUGUAGUAAGAGAUAGGUAAGAAUUUACAGUGCGUCUGUCAGCUGGAGCAUGAACUGCAAUCGUUAGCAUUCCAAGCUAACUAGCUUAACGUUCUACCUACAGAAGUAAAGUGUAUUUCUUAUAAAGGCAAAGGGAAUGUCAUUACCUAAGUAAAUAAUUACCUAAAGUACCAUUAUGUUACAAUAAAGCAAGGUGAAAUUAAUGUUCGUGUCAGCAAAGUGUUAUUGUUUAAUUUAAAGGUCUGAUUUCAAAGAAGCCUUUUGCCACUUCAAUUCAUGUUGAGAGGAAAUAACAUUAUUAAAAAUGUCAUCACCAUUAGUCAUGAUCACCUUCAAAUUGUUCUCAAAUCAAUCGUGCAAUUGAAAAAUAUACAAAAAGCAAUGUCUCUGAAAUAUUAACGGUGCCCUGUGGAGUUCUUGUACACAAGCAAAUAUUAUGUUUACAGUCAGUUUCUCACCAAAAUACUGUGUGUACGCUUGACGUCUAACAAAUGUGUGGAGUGAUAUUACGUUUUUGAAAAUGUUGAAACCCUCAUUAGUGUAUUACGCCGAAUUCACACCCAAAAGUUAGGGAUAGUCUGACUUUUUGUGGCAAAGUGCAGCGAGAGAGUACCUGCAGCCAAUCAGUAAACAGACAUGUUGAUCUAUGUUACAAAGAAUCACUUUCCGACUGAAGACCACCAGCUUUAGAUCAGUGGUAUAUUAUGAAACCAUGGGCAUAUGUAUUGAUUCAUCUGCUUGAACAUGCUCAAACAUGUGCAUCUUCGUGUUCUACUAGCAGAAUAUAGGUCUUCACGGCACCACAUGAUCAGAGCUGAUGGAGAGUCCGCCUUGAUCCAUUCAGGUAUUGGACACAUUGACACACAGACCCGAGUCCCUAAAUAUAAUUAGUCUCAGGACAGACUACCGGGUCAGGUCGACCCAUAUGAAGACCUCUAGUGCUGUAAAAUGGGUGACCUCUAUGGAUGGAUAUCGUGGAUGAACACCAACACAACAUUAGCUUGUUUGAUAGUUUUAUUUCUUCAGUUUGCUUUGAUGGCCUACUGUUCUAGUAAUACAGCUUCCAAACAGAACACCAGAUGGUUGUGAGUUCAACACCAGGGAUGCCACCAUUGAGCCCCUGCGUAAGGUACUUAACCCUGAGCAGCUCCAGGGAGACUGUCCCUGUAGUUAGUUCACUGUAAGUCUCUGGAUAAGAGCUUCUGCUGAAUGACCUGUACUGUAAUGUAAUGUUGUAUCUCAUGACAGGAACAAUGCAGAUUGAUUUUGAAAAUGUAACUGUAAUAAAUACAUGGAACUGUAAUGAGGGUGAGUGUGAUCACAUGUAGCUCAGCAUAGAAAUGCACAACCAUAUACCAUUAACUCUAAACGUUAUUUCAUUUAUUUCAGGGUUGCCUGAAAUAACACUCUUUGAGUGGUACUGUAAAUAUAUGUUUGGGUUUAGCUGGAUUGCUGUUGAAAUUCAUAUCUUUUUGGAUAGAAAAUAAAUGCUGUUAUUGUUAUUGUAUGC